UCGCGCGGCAGGGGGUAGCGGGAGCAGCCACCACGGGGGCGGGGGUGGGCUUGCCCCUGCUUCUUCUCGUUGUUGCUCUUCUCGACGAUCUCACGCACGCGACGACGGCCGCGCCGGUGAUACUCGAACCGUUGAAUAGCGUUCAUCACUCAGCCGGCGACGACGCUACUACGUCCGUUUACCUGCCGUCGCGAACGUCCGAUUACUUUCCGCCGCGCCCGUUCCGGAGGGACGCGAUCGAACGCGCGUCCAGCGUUAACCUUAACGACGUCGGUACCGCGGAAGAAGGUCACGCGAAUCGAGGAACUCUGGAUCAUCUUACAUUGGCGACGCGCCUUUCACCUUCGUCCGCGCCACCCUUGACGUCACCUCUGUCAUUAACGUCGCCGUUAUUGUCGCCACCGUUGUCGUCGUCGUCGUCGUCGUCGUCGUCGUCAUCGUCGUCGUCGUCGUCGCCUCCGACGUUAACAUCGCCGUUGAAUACCGUCGUCGUCGUCAGACGUCGAGAUCUUUCCAUUCUGACAGCGAGUCGUCAACGUGGCAACGAAGAGAUCGCAGCGCGACGAGGAAGAGCGAAGCGAGUGCCGAUAAGCAGCAAGAGAUCGAAGCUGAAAGAUCAACCCUCCCCGAACUUCAUCGACCCUUGGCCGGAGGCAUGGCGACGUGUUAACGAACACCCUCUGCAAUCUCGCAAAGUGGAACCCCCCCUGCCGCCAGUCGAUGAAGGGAUUCGCCCUGCAGUCCAGACUUUCACUCCGCUGUUAGAGCCCGUCUUCAAGUUUGGGGAAUCGAUAUUGCGUCCGGAAAGCUCCCUGCGAGAUAUCCUACUUCGCGAGAGUGCUUCGAAGACAACGGCGACGACGACGGCGGCGGUGGUGGCGACGAGAACGAUUACGCGGAACAUCGCGUACCUCGGUGGUGCGACUCAGCGAGCUGGAAGCACCGUGCCCGAGAAAAAUGACGUCAGGCGAGUGACCGAGGACCGAGUGGAAGGUGAUAAGACCGGAAAGGAGUUGGUGCUCGUGGGAAACGAGGAUAAUGGUGCGGUCGUAGUUGGUGGUGGUAGUGUCAUCGAGUGGACCACGACGACAGUCGCCGGGCCGAUGUCAUCGUCGCGGUCGGCGUUCUCCGGAGACGAUGUGCAGGUGGCCGAGCGUGUAAGGGUGCGCGCGAGUUCCGAGCGAGGCUCAUCGAAGGGCGACGAAGACGACGAGGAGCAGGACGACAAGCUCGUCAUCGCGCGCGACAAACAAGAUUCCUUUGCAUCGUCGACCACGACGACGACGACGACGACGACGACGACGACGACGACGACGACGCAGCAUCCACCACUGACUCAAGACACCUCUAUGGAAGCACUGGGUGCGAGCGGCAUCAUCGUCUCGGCGGCGCUCGUGCUGAUAGUCGGCGCACUGGUGGGUGUCCUGGCGACGAUAUCGCGUCAUCUUCAUCAUCGUCGGCUGUUGGUGCACGAGCCGGUUCCUCCCGGCUCUGCCUCCUCCGCUUCUGCCUCGAUUCUCCACCAUCAUCAUCGGCAUCACCAUCAUCGUCACCGUCAUCGUCGCGAGGAGCCACCGCCGCCGCCGUUACAGCGCUGUCUUCUACUACAGGAUCAUUAUCGUUAUCCCGAUACACCCAUGCUGUCGGUGAGCCAAGGAAUGGAGGUCGGCAGCAGCGGACGCGGUGCAUCGGCGGAAGAUGACCCGACCGCCGGUGCGGUCGGCAGUGGAGUCGGCGGCGGCGGCGGUGGCGGCGGUGGCGAUGGCGACGAUGCCAGAAGGCGUCGGGAUAUACAGGCGGUAAUGAUCGCUGCGGCGAGGGAUCGCGCGAUCCGCGCGGAGAGCGUCCGGCACGAUCUCGCCCUCAAUCUGCCGCCGCGACUCGAGCUCCCGGACGGCGAGGAGCACCCAUACGGGGCGCACCCGGAUCUUCACCUUCGCAAUCCGGAACAGGAGAGCGAGAUUUAUCAGAAGUGCGUGCGGGCGCCGCCGAAUCGCACGGUGUUCGAUAGCGAGAGUCCGCCGCCUUAUCGGACGCCAAGUAGCAGCCAGCAUCUCCACCCGGGAUUGCUCGACAUGCCCGGCGAUCGGGUGACGCGGAGUCAGAGUCCCAGCAGCAGCAACUUGUUAUUGAAUACCGCACGCUCGAUGUUCAAGAUGUUCCCGAGCCAUACGACGCCAUCGUCGACGUCGAUGCCGGUCAACAAACCGCCCUUUUCCAGUUAUUCCGAGUCCAGUAGUAACAUGAGCAGUAAUCUGAGCAGUAGCAAUCUGUCCAACAUCACCGUGGUGCCCUGCGAAACCGACGAAAGCCGGCAAGAGCAGCAGCAACAGCAACAACAACAACAGCAAUUCCAUCAGAAGGUCUGAUCCGCGGCGUCCUCUUUCCUUGACGCCGUUGUCGUUAUUGUCGCAGCCACAUCGUCCGAUCUCGAGAACGAGCGAUGGUUAUCAAGAUCGUUCUACGCAACUGCAACGACAAUGACGACGCCCUUCAAGACUGACUCACUGGAGAAACUUCAACACAGGAUAAAUUCCAUCGGUCGUGUUCCAUCGUGUUCAGCAACGUGUAUUGCAUAUACGCGAGAGAGUGUAAUAUCCUCUCGGCCGGUGGUGUCCUCGUUGGAUCGUUCUUCCGGCGUUCUUCUAUAAUGAGAGAAAGAGAGAGAGAGAAAGAGAGAGAGAAAGAGGGUCGUCCGUUCGUGGCCUAAAGGAAGGCCGGCAGAAGUGUAAAGAAGCCGGCUCCUGGUAGUGACUGAAAAGUCUAAUCAGUCAACAAGACUGCGCUCAAUCGCCGUGCGUUGGUUCGCGUCUGUCCUCUUGUUUUUUUUUUUCGACCGGAAGAAAUCGAUACGCCGUCGCUGCCGCCGUUGUUGACGCGUCUCAUUGUGCAAUUCCACACGCGGCCAGUGUCUAGCCUAGAUCUCAGAUUAUUUCAAAGCGGUGGCAUGAAGAUUACGAUAUUGCGUCGGACGCGAAGAGGAUAAGAAAGGAUGAGGAAAUUGGACGCGGGGGCGGUCGAAGUCCGGCGUGGAAAACGGCGUUACCAACGCGCGACGCAAAGCGAUGGCCUACCCUGGGACGAGGGGCUCCCUGUCCGGGAAUUAGACGGCGAGAAGCUUCACUUUGGGGAGAAACGGGUGCGAGGUUCGCGACUCGCGCGAUGCCGAUUCGGCGACGAAGCGAAUCCGCCGGUCCACCCUCUUCCAGCUCUCGAUCGGAGGCUCGAUCGUCGGACAUCGCGGAAGUUUGUUCAUCGCGACGAAGACUUAGUAAAUUAUUUAUUAUCGAUAUAACAUUUUAUUCGCGACGAGCGGCUGCUGCGCGACGGCCGGACGGGGCAAGUGUGGUUUUACGCGACGGUGGUUGUGGAGAAAAAGAAAAAGGAAAAAAAACAGACGAACGGGACAUGAAUUGUAUGAGCGAAUUCGUUCGGUUGCGUGAGUGCGAGACCAGGCGUGCGUACGAGUAAAUGCAAGCGCGCGUGUGCGGAACGAGUAGAACGAAAGACGCGCAAGAGGCGCGGCUAAUUGCAGGGUCGAGAGGAAAAAAAGGAAAGAAAGAAAAAAGACAGAAAGAGCGGGACCCGCGCGCGCGCUCGCGCGUGUUUGUGUAUGCGUGAGGAGUUGUGUAGGGGGAUAAUGUAGUGCCAAGAGUGAAAACGGGAACUCUGUACAUAUUAGGCUAGGUAGUUCAAUAUCAAUAUACUUAUUACGACUAAAAAAAAAACGAUAUGCUACAUACCGAUUUAAAAGUAAAACAUCAAACAUACGUUACAAACACGCAUACCAUUAAAAAAACACGAGAUGGCCGGCCGUACGAAACUAUAAUGGGACGCGCACACACCUCCGACAAAUGUGUAUUCUUCUGGCAAAGUCAAAGUCGAAUAUGUUCUACCUCGAAUGCUAUGUGUACUUGAAGCAAUCGACAACGUUGAAUCUUUUCCGGCAUAGAGAUUAGAAAUAAUUAUAUAAGGGAAAUUCGUCGAUCUCUUGUUUAUGUUAAAGAUUAUGUGUUCGUAAUCAUAUGUUCAAUCAUAAUCAUUAUAAGUAGCAAAUUGAUGUACUGAUAAUUUAUAAAGAAAAAGUUAAAAAAGAGUUAGAACAGAUGGUUUAUCUGUUAUCGCGUUACAUUGAUGCGUAAUUUCUAGAAUAAAGUAAGAUUUUUGAAAUUAAAAUUGCGAAAUUUCUAGCAACUCAAAUAGUUGGAACGGAAAGAAAUAAUGGUUCCUUUGAUCGGCAUUGCAUUAACUAUCGCACAUGUUCUUUCUCUUUAGAUUAGAAUUAUUGUAAUAUGCAGGGAAGAAACAUAAACGCGACUGCUUAGCACGGUUACAUCGAUAUUUCUGGUUAACUAACUCUUGCUUUUAGCAAGCUUGCCUAUCUCUAAGUUAUUCGUGUAAAUAUAUAACAGAGAAAGAAGGGAAAUUACAUUCAUCAACAUAUUGAGUUAAAUCCAAUCGACGUUAAUGCAACCGGUAAUUAACGAUCGACCGUAGUGCAUUCGUGCAUCGAGGAAGAAUCGAAUUGAUCGUUAUUUGUUCGAUAAACAUUUGUUUUGCAGACAGAGUACGUUUGUAAUGGCGGCGUGCAUACAAAAGUACAUUUGCAAUGCAAAUCUAUGAGUAUGCGCGUCCCUUUCGCGUUCCGAAUGGCUCGCCCUGUGUCCGACAUAACGCUAUCUUUAUUAUUAUUCAAAUAGAUAAGGCCUCAGUUUUGACAAAAUAGGACGAGUUCUGCUCGAACAGGAUUCGAGUUCGAUGACGCGUUUUGCAGUUUAAUAAAUAAUUCCAUUUUAGCAUAAUUUAUUCUCAAAAAUCGAUGUAACAAAUCUCAAACUUCAAACACGUUAGAUAAUACAUGGUUUGUACUGAUUACAUGGUUUAAUAAAUCAUUAAACCGUUACAUAAUUUUUAUCAGCAUUACUUUCCAGAUAUUUCUGUUUCUCGCAAAAUAUAGAUUAAUAUUUAAUUAAAUGUUUACGAGACCAAAACAUCGGCUAUGUGUGUGCACACUCAUGCGGAAACGCUUUGUCAACUUUGAAUCUCAAUUUCGAGAUAGAGCGAAUCACUCGAUUAUUUCAUGAGAAGUCACCAAUUAUUAUUGUAUUUCUUAAGGGUCCGCGACGCAGGGAGAAAUUGCAAUGAAAUUAUACCGAUACGUUUCCCUUUGUGAUUACGGAUCGUGCGUGGCGUACGAGGAAUGCGCGAGACGGGAAGGCAGGUGGCACGCGUAGAGCGAAAUAAUCUCUCGUGUGCAACUUCGUUGGCGUUAAUUUCGCGAGCUUCCGCUUUGUUUCCGAGGAAAUGCCGAGUUGGCGGCUCUUAGAUAUUUGUUCGGAAUUCUGUUAAGUGCACACAAAAUUCUCACUAUACUACCGCCCGUGCGUGUCCGCGACGCGAUUUUGUCACAAAUCGCUCGACACAAGAUUCAGCAUUCGACGUGCGUGAAAGUGUAAUGUCUUGACGGCGAGGUCCUAAUCAACGUUAACAAAUUCUUCCUAAGAAAGGGGAAAAUUGUAAAUUUUUAUCUUCGUGAAAGUGUCCGGGCAAUUGCGCUCGCACGGCGACGUUGUUUCGUUUCAUGUUCAUUAAGUCGCUGUGCGGCGAGUCGGGGGAGAAAAAUAUCGUCUUUCUGUUUCACCUUUGAGAUGUGUUCACGCGCAUGCAAUAUUAGGCGACGAGGUUUAAUUGUAUUCUAUGUAAAGAAAUUAGCGCGUGUGCGGAGCGAAGCGAUCAAGGAGGAAUAUUAGCAAAGAUGUUUCUUUUUUUUCUUUUAUUUUCGAAUUCUCACUUUCAGCCUGCCCUUUCGUUCGCCCUUUGUCUUUCGUUGAUUACAAUCUGAUUACAAUUGUCUCGCGCGCGCAUUCAUCUUUUUCUGUACGCAGUAGAAAAGAUGAAAUCGUAUGUAUAUGCGUGCUCGGGAGACAGAUUGUGACAGACGCGGAAGAGGAAACGCGGAAGAAAGCGCAAAAAACGGAAGUGAAUUCGAGAAAAAAGAUUGUAUAAUUCGAUGGGUCCUGUGCAAGUUUUGGUUAAAUUUGCGACGUCGUCGACUUAGAUUGAAUUUAAAACACGACGACGCGAGCGCGAGAUAUUUUAGACGAUAAGUUCUAGGCGAAGUAAAAUUUUUAGCAAGCUAUUGUCGAUUACUAUUAUCGCUAUCAGACAUCGUGAUAUAUCUAGCAAUUUGUUAAUUGGGAUUUGAUGAGAGGUGCGAGACGUAUGAAUAUAAUCGUGGCCUUUCGACACGAGAGAGAGAAAGAGAGAGUAAUGAAAGCGAUCCCAGAUAAAAUAUGCUCUUACCUGUUCGAAUUCACGGUUCAACUUUCGAGAUUGCUAUUUGUAAGCGAUUUGAAAAUCAAAAGUAUUUUUUUUUUUUUUGCACAAAUUGAUUGUAGCAAAUCCACUCGGCUCAUCAAAUUAUCAACCAAACACUUUAAAGCUCGAAAGAAGAAAAAAACAGAGAUUUUAAUUGGUAUAGUUUAAACCAUCGUGUUAUCGAAUCGAGCGGAUUUAAUAAAUAACUCUUAUCGAAUACAAACCUCGAGUAAAUAAAAUUCCAUUCUCAGCAAUCUCAUCGUAACACGAGACGCUGGCUUGAGAUCAUUGCAUCGUCUGCGAUUGUCGCAGCGCGCAACGUCAGCAGACUUCGCAGCGAAUCGAAAUCGUAAUGUUUCAAAGUCCAUUGCAAAAUACGAGCAAAGAAGCAAUAAGAUAAUGGGAAAUGUGUCGGAAGCGGAGACUAACGGUCAAUUACAGCCGUAAGCUCGGCUACAAGAGAGUAAUAUUGAAGACAUAUCCGAUCAUUCAUUUCUUCACAGAAGGAGAAAUAAUCAUGAAUGAGCAAUCAGUGGGAUUAAAUUCUUUCCUUUUUCUUGAUUUCAAGAAUUAAAACUGUUUUUAUGGAUAGUCGUGUUCUUUAAUUUCCAACAGUUUCCGCUUCACGUUUUUCCAAUUUCGUCUUAAUUUCUUAUCGUUGCGAUGGACUUUUGAAACAAGACAAUGUUCGACCAAACGAUCUGCAGCUCUCGCACUAUGAAAACCAAGGUGCGAGAUCAAGCCGGCGGCUGUCGAUUAAUCUAGUCACGUUGAGCCGUGCGUCCGGCCGGGGAACGAUCGCGGCCGCCGAUCCACCGAUUUGGGUAAACAUAGCCGAUACACCAUCGUCCUCGUCGGCGAAUUUAGCGGCAGGAAGGAUAAAACUCUCUCUCUUAGGCGCAAUGUGAUUUUCCAAGGUGUUCCAAAAUAACUCGCGUCCUCCCUCCGGCGAAAUUGCGACGCGGAGCGGAGCGGUUGCAAGCGGGGGUCGAAAGCGGUGCCCCCUCUUUUAAAGGCUUUCGUUUCUAAGCUGUAAUUAUAAUUGUACUGUUGAUAAGAUCGGUAUGUCUAGUCCCUUGCGGUGGAAGGGAGGUCGAGAGCUUCGCCAUUGUCCCUCUCGCGAAAUCCACCCUGUAAAGUCUUUCGACCAAUCGAUCCUAAUUUUUUUUCCCUUAUCUCUUUCUCUCCUUAAAUCACCCUGGCGUGGAUUUGUCUGAUCGAUUUGUCUCGCGAUUUUGCAUUCGUUAAUUGAUCUGUGAAUUUCCAAAUUUGAAUCGUUUCACCAAAUCUUUUUGGUUCUUUAAUAAGCUUUAAAUGGAAAUUUCACGUUCCGCGUUGUGCGAUAUCGAAGAAAAUCAAAGAACUCCGGAAACAUGGACCAAUUGAUAGAUGCAAAAUUGCGAAUCGUAUCAAAUGAAUGAAAUCACAUUAGAGAUGUCUCGCCGUUGUUCGUAGGUACGUUGCGUCCUGCAGUCAGCCCUCUUACUGUUGCGUGCUAACAAGGGAUGCUCGUAACAUGAAACUCCUGUUUACAAUUGCGUUUCAUAUGCUCGCAAAAAAACGAAAGAAAUCGGUGAGUCAUGUGUUACGAGUUCACCUUAUCAGUGCAAAAGUGUUAUCCAAGAAAGAAAGAGAGAGAGAGAGAGAGAGAUGUGCGUUGCAGAAGAGCGUGACAAAGGCAGAAAUCACCGAACUCUGUACAUGUCGGAAAAUGCGUUUUAUCCAUGUGACUUUUGCAUAAAGUUAGUCGAGAAGAAAACGUUCAAAAGGAUAGUUUUGUCUUUUAAUUGCAUGGGCGUUAAAAGAUUUGUCUCGAAAGUUGAGUGUUUAUUGUAGUUGAAUAUAUUUUUCUUUAUAAAAUAUAUAAACUAGAUUUUUAUAUAUAAAAUGCAUACACACACACACAUACACACAUAAGCAAACGUGUGAGGAUCUAUCUUGAAAAGUUUAUGUACAUACAUAUAUUAGAUUGUAUUAAGAGGGACAAUGCUAUCAGUUUGAAAUCACUUUUUCUCGUUUAAUUAACGUUUUGAACUGCGCGUUCCGACGUGUACAGGAUUCCGUAGUAAGAGAUAAAAGACAGAACUUGUCGCGUCAUUCGACAAGUUCAAACAGCAAAAAUUGUUCAACCGUGGCAAUGCGCAAGAGCGGGCGAGAGAGUGUGUGUGUGUGUGUGAGAGAGAGAGAAAGAAAGAAAGAGCGAUAGAAAUGAAAAGAAAGAGAUAACGGAAAUCAGGACUCCUUUUUUUUCAACGUAAUCAAUCGAUGUCGUAGGAACAGUGUUAAAGUAGUAGAUCGCUUCUACCGGGAGUAACACGAAGGAAAAUCAAGAUGCAAAGUUAAAAAAAAAAUCUCAUCUCGAAGGAAGAGUAAAAACAGUUCGCGCGGCUCGUCGCGAGAAGCAGACGGCGGAGAAAGAGAAAGAAAAAGGAAGAGAUCGCGCGGGUUCGUGCCGCACUCGGAGAGAGGCGCGUCGCGCUUGCGAAAUUGCACAUUUCGAAUGCGAGUCACGUUCGUUCGAGCGCGCCAUGGCGGGGCGAGAGAGAGAACGAGAGUGAAAGAGAAAGCGAGAGAGAGAAUGAGAGAUAUGAAAGGGAGUUCUUUUUAUACACUAUAGAGAGUUGUACCACAACUAUCACAUAGGGAAAGAAGAAAAAGACAUGUUCGUUGUUCACUGCUCUGGCUUGCUAGGAAAAAAAAAGAAAGGCAAACAAUGUAACACACGACGGGUCGGUGGGGAGACUGCACGAAUCUCUCGAUUUCGAGAUGCUUGAUGAAGACCGAAAGCGGCCCGCGAGCGGCCCUCCCCGUCCCGUCCCUCCAGUAUAAAUCGGCAACACUUCGACAUUGCAAGAUUAUUGGUGUACUUAUCACGCAGUUUUCUACAAAAUAAAGAAAACGGUUUUGACAAAAAAAAA